AUGCUCAAACUCGCCAAAGCAUGGCAUCUAGCGGACAUGCUCGACGACAUGCAGCUGCAGAACAAGCUGAUAGAUGUGUAUCGCAUUCUUUACCUUGAGCUGCUCAAUGCAAACACCAAAAUACCUCUAGACUACGAGGCAUUCGUAUAUCUGGAAUUCAAUCUCGGUACCCAUACGAAGAUGGAGAAGUUCAUGAUAGACUUCUUCGCUGGACUAUCUCGGUAUACAGGCGAUUUCAGUGCCCAGGAACUCCUUCCGCUUCGACCUGACGUCUCACGAGCAUUAAAGUUGCGACGCGCGCAGCUGGUGGUACAGGGAAGGUUUGUCGAUCUGAUCGCUACCGCAUGGCCCCUCAACGUCUUCGAUAUCGUCUUUGGUCUCCCUUCCAAUAUCAUCAACGGCCGCGAUAUAGUCUGCGUUACCGACGUGUGA